GCCCCCUCCCUGGCCGGGAAGCAGACCCCAACCCUAAGCUUCCGAGACCCCCACCCCGUGGGGCGAUUGGGGUCCUCGCCCCCUUCUGCUCUUCCCCACGGAGGGGGGGGGUGCUAGACGGCUUCUCCUAAGCCCCUGACUCAGUUUCCUGCCCGAGGUCCCCCGUUUGGCCAUUUCAGCCCGGCUCUCUGCGGGACCCCCAAAAUGGCCGAGCUGUGCCCCCCGCCCCAAAUGGAGCCGCAGGAGAGCAUUUACCACUGGCUGCCCACCGGGGAGGAGGAGCCCCCCAAGCCCCCGCUCAGGUACGUCUCCUCCUUCCGACCGUCGCUCCAACGGGAAAUGGAGGAGACGCGGAAGGCGCCUUGCCAGACCAUGGGCAUCCCGAAGCUCCAGGUGCCCACGCCCAAGGAGUACCUGCGGAAACACGCCAAGGAGCGGAAGUUACCCCAAGGCACGCACGAGCGCGUAAAGCGGCAGCCCAUCAAAGCCCCGCUCCCCCUCCAGUCUGACCGGCCCCUGAUGGGCGUCCAGAGCGAGAAGAACUUCGUGACGGCCAACGUGGCCGAAGCCAUCAUGGCCGUGGCCAAGAAGCCCCUGCACGCCUGCGUGGACCAGCGGAGAGGGGAGAAGUUCCUGCUGGACGACUCCGGGCUGGUCCAGAGGUACCUCAAGAAGAAGGACUUCGGGGUGACCCCCAAAUACAUCCAACGGCGUAAGAAAGAAGCCGUGGACGUGCACAAAGAGCGAGCAGCCGCUCGGCGGGAAUGUCUGCAGAAGAGGCGGCUCACCCGCCUCUCCUCCCGUGAACGGGAGAGCAUCCUGGAAGGUCUCAAGAACAACUGGGAGGAGAUCAACAAGGACUUCCAGAGCCUGUCCGUGGAGAUCACCACCAUCCCGCAGCGGCUGCGCAAAGAGAAGCUGGAGACGGAGAUGAAACAGCUGGAACACGACAUUGCGGCUCUGGAGAAGCACAAGUUUAUCUACAUCGCAGGAGAAUAGGACCGGGAAUGGGGCGGGAUCUGGGCCGAUGGGAGAGGAAGGGGGGGUUACCUCGGGAUCCCCUCCCACGGCUGCUUCUUUCCCCAAAUUGACACAGGCUCAGCUCAGGCGAACAGGACCCAUUAGUGGCUCCAUCGCUUCCCCUGACAGGUUUCCGGUUGCUGUAGUUGUGCGUUGGGCAG